AUGAAAGUUGGUGGGAUUUCCAUAUCCACCCCAAAGGUAUCAAUGCCUAUGAAUCUCCAUUGUAGAACAGCUGCAUAUUAUCCAUUCCGACGAUCAAAAUUAACAACGACUCACAAGGUUCCGAAAGGCUACCUUGCCGUGAACGUUGGACCGGAAUUCAGAAGGUUUGUGAUUCCAAUAAAGUUUUUGAGCAUGCCUGAGUUGAAGGAUUUGAUGGAUAAUGUUGCUGAGGAAUUUGGUUGUGAUUAUCAUGCUGAUGGUGCUCUUCAUAUUCCAUGUGAUGAAGAUUAUUUUAGCAAUGUUUUGAUUAAUUGUUAUGCAACAACACAACGAAGCGUAUCUUCUAAGAAAAAUCAUAUCAAACUAGGUUCUAAGAUUCCCAUAAUUUACAGUCAUUAA